CUGAGUGCGCCUGCGCGGCUCGCUCCCUCCAGAGGCGGCGGCGACGCGCUGGGGGAAGAUGGAGGAUUACCAGGCCGUGGAGGAGACCGCCUUUGUCGUGGAUGAAGUGAGCAACAUUGUAAAAGAGGCCAUAGAAAGCGCGAUCGGAGGCAAUGCCUAUCAACACAGCAAAGUGAACCAGUGGACCACAAACGUAGUGGAGCAGACUCUAAGCCAACUUACCAAGCUGGGGAAGCCAUUUAAAUACAUUGUGACCUGUGUGAUUAUGCAGAAGAAUGGAGCUGGGUUACACACGGCCAGUUCCUGCUUCUGGGACAGCUCCACUGACGGGAGCUGCACGGUGCGAUGGGAAAACAAGACCAUGUACUGCAUCGUCAGCGCCUUCGGACUAUCCAUCUGACCUCCCAGGCCUUAUCCUUUGUCUCAGCGCGUCUCUCCGUCUUCUGCUCCCACGUGUGAAUUGAGUGAACACCUUUCUGUUCUCUUUGUGUUUUGUGUGGGUUUUUUGGUUUGGUUUUGUUAUCGGUGGCACUCCCCAAGUGUAGAAGAAACCAAAUAGCACUGUUCUAGGACCUGCACGCCCAUUUCAAAGAAAUCAUCACCCCUGGUCUUAACUCUGAAUAUUUCUUUUCAAAGGUGCUAAAAACUGGAAUCUGUUAGUGUGAAACUUUCUCUAUUCUCUGAAAUGAUUCAAAUACACGAAUUUUCCAUACUUUGUACUUUUGUUAGAAUAAAUUAUUCCAAUUUAAAGUUUGUUCUUUUUUGUAGAGACUGUCACAGCUGAAUUCUUUAUAGUUAGUAGCUUCAGAAUCUAUAAAAUUGUAGAAGAGACAGCUGCAGUGUGCUCCUCUCUGACACAGUGGUUUGCUGGGUUCCCUCAGGGCAGGGAUCCCAUAGCUUCCUGUGCUUGGCUACAUUUCUUCCUCUGGGCAACAUAGCUUCAUCUUCUGGUCCCUCCCCUGCAGCGCCGGGUGGGAAGUAGGCAAGAUGGUUGAAUGUCCCUUGGCCAGAGUGCUCUGAUCUCACCUUGGGCCCAAGUCCCAAACAGUACAACUCUCCCACGCGCUUGCUUUUCAGUAGCAAUCACAAAGCAUGUCUUACUUUUUCAAGCUUCCAGAAUGCUUUCCCACUCAUUCAUUGUGUCCACACAAUUAGAUAUUUAUAAUCAUAAAAUGUGGGCGUUAUCUGAAUUUAAAAUCACAUCCAAGAAAGUGGGGAGGGUGGAGCCCAAAACUUGAUCUUCUGACCUCAUUUUUCAGUGCUUGUCCACCAGCCAUGCUGACAUGGUGAAGACACUUUGGUCACCGUUUGCUGAGAAAGCCUCCUGCUCGCCCAGAGCCCUUGCAUUAAAGCACGCGUGCGAGUGACUAGAUGAAGGGCGGGUGCACAGCACACAAAGCAAGAUGUAUGUGCCAGGGGUGAACAUUAAACAUGUAUUAACAUUUACCAGAAAGGUAGUCUCAGAAUGAAGCAAUUCCCAAAGUGUGAGUUUGCCAUAAAUAAACAUUUAUUCACUUGGAUUACAGGGACAUUCUGUGAUCGGGUCCUGUGCUUGGGGGCACAGUCCCACGACCUAAUACAGAGCGCUCUCC